UAUCUGUCAACCUCUUUUUGAAUUCCAUCGUUUUCAGUUUCAUUUUCAUAACCUUACAUUUUCAUUUCAUGAAGCUCACAUGUAAAUAGAAACAUGGAAGAAACGAAUGGUGAAAAUCAAAGUAAAAAAUUUAAUAGAACAGUAUUUGACCACUUCGAACAUUUAAUUAGUGCAAAUGAAAAGAAUCGAAUAAAAGGCAGUUUAAAUAUACUAAAACAUUUUAAUACUGUCCAGGAAAAAGAUAUUGAAGUAAAUCAUGCAUUGACAAGGAUUAUAAGAGGUUUGGGAUCGUCCACUAACAUCCCCAGGACAGGAUUUUACACUAUUUUAGUCGCUUUGCUAAAUUUUAGAAAUGAUAUAUCUCUAUCACAGAUUUUUGACCUUAUGGAGAAACAUUUGCAUAAAGCAGGGAGUAAUGCAAAAUCGGAAAAUGCAGAUAUUUUGACUGGUCAAAUAUUAGCAUGCGGGGCAAUCGUCCGAUCAAAUCUUUGGUCUAAAACAACUCAUGAAGAAAAGUUAAAAAUUGUUGAAUGUAUCUUAACUGCCAGUAAAGAACGUACUUAUCAAGGAUUACUAGCGUUUGAGUUCAUCACAAACAUAUUUGAAAAAGUUGAAGACAAAGAUUUUUAUGCUUUGUGUCCCUUGUUGAAAGAUGAAGUGUCAAAACCACUUGAAAAUUAUACUUUGGAUUCUUUAUAUUUACUAAACAACAUGAAGAAAAAAUAUCCACAACUACCAAAAAAAUUGAAAUCUGUUAUAGUGUAUCCUGAAGUUUUAUCUGAAGAAAAUAUAGGAAAAUUGUGUCGGAUUUUAAUGAUCAUUCCCAAAUUAUCUUCCCUACAACAUCCUGUUUAUGACAUUAUAAGCAUUGAAGCAGCAACAUCCAGCAACUUGAACCAUUUUCUAGAAGAACUAGAUUGGUACUUAGACAUACCAAACAGGAAUAAACUUCUUGUCGCAACAAAAAUAUACACCAUACUGUUGGAAAAGCUUGAGGAUGUAUCUGUUGUUCCAAAUAUUUUAACCAAAAAUUUUGUACAUCAGAUGCUCAACCAUUUCAAAACUCUGAAAGGCAAAGAUCAAGAUGUAGAAUUUAAACAAAGCAUUAACAAAUUUUUUGAGCAAUUGUUAGAAAAACUAAAACCAGAAGAUGUGAAUUCGAAAAUUAAGAUUGCUGUUUUGAAGAAGCUGCUUUUUUCGCCUGGUACUUUUAUCUUUGAGAAAAUAACGCAUUCUAAGGUUGUGCAGAAUAUAACUUGGAGUCUGAAUGUUGAUGGAGUUAAAAAACUUGUCGCGGUGUACAGGGGGGUGAUUGAAGGUAGUGAAAUCGUGGCCAGCCAAUAUGGCCAUGGGGACUAUUGGUUAAAUAAUGACAAACUUUAUGCCGCCCAUUUACUGAUAAAACUGUUAAAUCAUAAAGCAGUAAGAGAGGAAAAUGACUGGAAAACCGAACAGUUAAUAUUUCUAAUGGAAUUGGGAUUGCUGAAGGAUACACAAGUUCGAAUUGGGAGUGAACUAUCAGCGUCCUUGAAGACUGCCUUCUUCGGAGCAUUAAAUUUGAAGCUUGCAAAACUAGAACAACUACACACCAUUUUGUUAAGUGUGGUACUUCAUCUAAAUUCCAAACUAACACCUGAAAACUUAGAAACAGCCCUUCGUUCGACAAUAACAAUAGAGCAAUACGAGAUCUGGGAAAAAACCAUUUCAAUAAUAACCAAGAUCGAGAAAAAGAAGAAGAAAGGGGGGUUGAGAUCCGUCUUCUUAACGCUAUUUCUGCACUUAGCGUUACUUUUAUUUAACGAUGCUAAACUAGCUGUAGACUCUUUGAAUGAAUUAUUUGUUUGUUAUGAAAAGACUAAAAAAUCCAGGAAAAACAGUGAAGCAAUGGAUGAAACAGCGGUUGAAGAUGCUAGUGGUGAAGAUGUUAUGUGGAUUGAAGUGGUAACAGAUCUAUUUUUAAACUUUUUAUCGCAAAAUUCUCACUUACUUAGAAACAUCGUUAACUUGGUCUUUCCAUAUUUAUGUGAAAACAUGACAACGUCUACAAUCCAACAAUUGGUAUCAGUGUUAGAUCCAGAAAAUGAAAAUCCUUUAUCCAAAGGAAACAAUCAUAGCGAUGAAGACGAUUCUGAUGAAGAAUCAGAAUCGGAAAAGGAAGAUGAGUCUGAUGAUUCUAACAACGAAGAAGACGACGACGACGAUGAUAAUGAUAUGGAAGAUGAGAGUGCAAACGACAAGUUAAGAAUGGCUUUGCAGAAAGUUUUAACAUCUAACGGGUAUCAAAGUGAUGAAGAAAGCAUAGAUAUCGAUCAAAUGAGCGACACUGAAGGAGAAAAAUUGGAUAAAGCCUUAGCUGAUGCUUUUAAACAGUUUAGACCAAACCAUGGAAAGCGCAAAAAACAGAAUGAAGAUCAGAGAGCGUUAACCCAUUUCAGAGUUAGAGUUUUAGAUUUGAUCGAGAUAUAUUUAGAUUCCAACCCUUCGAUGAUUAUUACUUUAGAAAUUAUGCUCCCUUUGUUAAAAACUGUGGAAUUCAGCGUAAGAGAUGAACACCAAGCUCCUCUAUUACAUCGACUAAAAUCAUGUUUGAAGAAGUUAUCAAAUUUGAAGAAAUUUGAAAACACUGAUGGUGUAGAUGACGCAGUCUUGUGUGAUCUACUCAAGAGUUUGCUUGAUAAAGGGACAAAGAAUACUUGGAUCGUGCAAGAUAUGAGAGAACAGAUUUCACACUGUUGCAUUUUCACGAUCAAGUGUUCAGAUUUACUUUCCAAUGCCGAAGCUACACCAAAGAAAGUAAAAAAGCGUCUUAAAAACUCCAUAGUAGAGUUAAUAAGGAACGAAUUGGACACAUACUUCAAUAAAAGAGAAUGUGCAACGCCCUUUCUGGUUUUUAAGAACCUCUUAAAAAUUUCCUGGGAUGGCAAUCUUACUUUAGUAACUACAAUUUUAAAAUACCUCUUUGACGCUAACGUUAAAGUUUUCAAAAAGUCCCAAGGCUUGGAAUUGGUCCUUUCAUUUUACACAAAUCAAAGAUACUUAAGAUCAAACACGGAGAAAAUUAGGGAAGCUUUAAACGAAAGUCACGAGGAAUUCUCAAAUAAUGCCAUAACUCUAUUCAAAUCUUUAUGUGAAACUGAACGCAAAGUCCCAUCGGAAAAAUUUUUGUGUAAUAUGUUUAAAUUAUUAGUUGCCUUGAAAACGAGUGUCUUAAAUAUAGAGUGCAUGAAAUGGCCAGCAAUAGCAGAAUCAGUUCGAGAAUUUAUGAGCACAGUUACCUUAUCCAAAGAAGCCAAAACCGCCUUUAACAAACUAUGUGCCUGUCUAAACGUUUCCAAUAUAGUUAGACACAACCCUGUAGUAACCUCCUCUACAAACAAUGACGAAAAAGCAACCAAAGGAGCUAAAGAAAAGAAGAAAAACAAGAAAACAAAGAACAAAGAGAAGUUAAAGUUGAAGAAAGAAGCUAAAGAACUAAGACUGCAGAGUUUAUCUGAAGGAUUCAAAAGUUUAGACUUUGCAGUUGCCGAUGAUGAGGUUACGAUGGAAACCAACGAAGAAUCAGAGGAAGACAGCAACAAUAAAAGUAAAAAACAGAAAAAGAGGAAGAGCUCUGAAAAUUCGGUAGAGGGUGAGAAAUUUAACGAUGUAAAUACCACAAAAAAAUCAAAGAAGAAAAGAAAGAAUUCAGAAAACGCAGAAUCUGGAACUGCGAUAGUAAACGGCGUAAUAGAAAGUCACAAUAAAAAGAAAAAACAUAAAACAUAAGCUAAUUUUGUAAAUAAAUAAGUUUUAUAACA